GGGACUGUAGAAGAGUCGUCGACCCAGUCCCAAGUCACAACUCAAAACACAGUCCUUCGGGUCUAGACCUUUGAACCUCUCAGAUUCAUUGAUUCAAUCUUCUCCUCCAUCCUCGAUCUGCACCUCCUGUUCGCUCGCCUCCCCUUGUCCAUUCAUCCCCCUGUAAUUCAUACUCGUUAAUUCUAUAUCCAAUCUCUUUCUUGACCCUUUCUUUCCGCCUCCUCUUCGUUCUCUUCAUUUAUUUCAUCAUGAUCUCUUCACCCAAAUCCAAUCAUUGUCCCCUCUCGACGGGAUAUCAUUCUUUCAGUUACGAUAGUGAUCAUUUUCAAAAGAUUGAAUCUCCUUCUACCUCCUCGUCAUCCACUUCGGCCUCCAUUGCCAAGGAGCACCACUUGUCUUCCAGCAGGUCCCCCCAGAUCGAACAAUCCCAUCCUGCCGACUCCCUUGACCCCGCCUUUAUUGAGUGCCUGCUCGCCGCCACGAACCAAAGUGGCAUCACCACAGCUCCCCUCGUUGACAAGUCCUCUUUUUCAUCUUCCCUCUUACAACUUCCGCCUUCUUCCGCUCAGCUGGCUCCGAAGUCUGCACCAUUCUCCAGCCUUACGACACCGUGUUGGACCUCAACGACGCCCGACUCUGGCGCUUGUUUCCCGACGAUACCCCUCACAGGAACAGAACAGUGGACGUGCUCUACUCUGGGCCUCACAACGGUCCCCUUUAAUCCGUUCGGGUUGUAUACACCUACGACAGGUCAAAUGCCAGCCUCUGCAGAUCACAGUGGCACAUUCGAUCCGAUGACGUCUGUGCCUCUACCUCAAGGUCCCUGCUGGCCGCCGACCUACAUGCCAAGCGCAAACCAUCAACCUCUUGCACCCUCGUAUCUCGGUCCGUCGGACUAUUACAUCGAUCCGAGUGCCACAUACGACAGCUCGACUCAGCCCUCGAGCCCUGAACACGUCUAUUCAUCCAACAACACGAGCACAUGCGCGACCGCUCAGACCUCACCUCAGUCAGCACAUUUCCAGGCGUUACUGGGAUCAGGCUCAGAGCAUGCCUCCUACCCUCUCUUGGUACCUCAAAACCGGAAGCGAUCAGCCACGAUCAAUACGACUUCUUCGACAGCACCAUCGACAUCACCGAACACUCCGCCCAUACCUGCAUACACCACGCAUGAGAAUCCGUACCCGCUCAUGAAUCAUCGACCAAGCGUCGCGCGACAGCCUUCGGCACCGGCUCUGUCAAUGCCUUCGUCGUCAACACUAAAUCCCGACGCACACACUCGCGAAGCGCUCGCUAGACAACUUGGACCAGAUGUUAAGCCAAAGACUUUGCAAAUAUGGUUCCAGAAUAGACGAUCCAAAUCCCGUGCAAAGGAACGAGAAGCCAAUCUUCCGAAACGGCUCGAUGUCCGUGAUCGAUCGACUCCGCCCACUCGGAAUGUAUCUGCCACUGCAACAAAACGUUGCGUCAACUCGGAAGCGCUAAAAGCACUGGCACAUGAUGAUGAUCGUGAGUAAGCGAGCCUUGCACGUCCAUCUCAAAUUGAUUGACACUGCUUCUCCAAACCUAGCCAACCUACUGCUCAUCCCCAUCACGGUCCUGUCCAUUGCCAACUGGACGCGAUUCUUGACCCCUGGAUCAGGAUAUACUCUACCUGACCUGGGUUGCUCUGUCUCACUCAACAUCCACGAACCGGUCCUCGACCUCUACGUUGUACAUCAGUCCGAGACAUACAAAGUCGUCAUCCCCAUCCAUUCGAACGCCAUGGCCAACAUCCAAGGGACAUCCAACCCUGUUCUCAA